AUGUGGAGUUUCCUCCCAGGAGCCGAGAGUGCGUCCAUGGGCCCAGCGCCUGGCGUGCCCUCCCUGGGAGCUUGCUGGACCCAUGACCAGGCGUCUGGGAGGGCAGAGGACAGACCACAAGCACCCAGGAUAGCUCAGCACACACGGGUUCUCAGCUUCCCGUUCAUACAGAAACCUCAGACAAGAAGCACGCUGCCCAUUUUUCUUUAAGACCAACCCCAGACCACGAGAACGCUUUCUCUGCGGCAGCAGCACUCCAGCGCCCCUGCCUCCAGGCACCCCCGGCCUCCGCACUCCAGUGGCCCGGACCUGGCUGAGGCAGCUCCUGUGCUAAGUCAGGCCUCACAGACGGCUGGAAGAGCCAGUUCUGGGCCGGGCCUGUGCGAACAGGUGUCUGUUAGUCAGGGUUUUAGGAAUGCAGCCUUUGGAGCCUGCAGCGGGGAAUGGCGGCUCUGGGCCCUCAAGGGGCAGCCGGUGUAG